AUGACCAUGAACGUCAUACGUCAGAGACGGUCGCGCUGUCGCGUCACCGGGGCGUCGGUAGGGUUACGACUGUGGCCUACACGGCGGCCGCUGUUUUGUCCUCUUGCCAACGUUCCUUCUCGACUCCUGACAUCCAUCUCUGCGAUCCGCAUCGACUUGCUGCGACGUCGCUCUCUCGACGUUUCCGACCGUAGAGAGCUUGCGUGCGGACACAACGAGUCUAACGUGCACAUCGUAACUUGA